AUGGAUAAAUCGUCAAAAAAUAAGUAUCCAUCGCACCUUGUACUGACUGCCGUGCUGUCGGGUGGAAUUAGCAUAACAGUGUCCCUUGUGUACAUAUUACUGUCCAUUGCGGCGUUGAUAUACAGAUUCUCGGACUGUGGUAUAGACCCCACAAAUCCAUCACAAUUUUUCUGGAAGAUCACUCUCAGUGCUUAUAUUCUAGAAGAUGAUCGAUGCGACUUGUCGGAAGGCGUACGACAUGAUUUGGAGAUUACCACCGCAUACACUGUGUUUGUCCUGGCUGCGCUCACCUUGAGUUUCCAUGCACUCUGCCUUAUAUCCGCCAUCUGCCUGAUCAUAGUGAUACAAAAUGUGGACGCAGCUCGCUACCUCACCUACGUAGUACCAAUUUACAUUGGUACUUGUGUAGCCGUCUUGGUGGUCGACAUAACAACUGCCGCCCAUUUCGGAAUAGAUCACAGUACAUUGAGCUCUCGACUGGCGAAUAUUUUGACUCCAAUUACUGAGCCUGAACCCAUGUAUGACCUGAUAGAAAAUAUUUACAUAUUAGAAAAUCUGCGUCAAGGGGCGCUGUACAUGAUGACCUUUGCGCUUAAAGGAUACGUCGCACCGUUCAUUAAUAUUAUACUAAUAAUAUUAUUGAUCGUUUACGUGCUGGAGCAUCGAAAGUUGAUGAAGAGUAAUGAACAUUCAAUUCACAAGCUGGGAGCCUUGUCUGGAUUCGAUCAACCAAGGAAACCCGAUGACAAUAAUUGGGCGACACAGAACGAAGCACUGUCACCUUAUGCGAGAGGACCACGUGCGAACAAUGGUUUUAUCAAUGACGAUGAAUCAGAUCGCAGCAGCCGUCAGCCCAAUAGACGUCAGCUAACGCGCAAUGACUUCAACCAUUCCAACCGCUCCUACGACCGUUCCGAUUCGUGGCAUCACGCACAGCCGAAUUUGGCUCAAAGCGCCCGCCCGUUCUCGUAUCUCGAGGACGUCAGGCGGCCUGUUCCAGUCCAGCAGAUGAAGCCGCCUCCUUCACCUGCUGUGGAAGUGCCCUGGAACCGUGACUCUUGGCAACAAGGUCCGCCUGUACCAGCCCCCGACUACAGCCCACAGCCGCGACGACUCAAGUCUGCACUUAAACCUGGGUACAUGUAA